GUCAACCAAUACAUAUUGAUACUUUGAUGAUGCUCGCAUCGUGAUAGUCUCGUACCUUGUAUGUUCAUAUAAAUUCACGUUAUUAAAUUUGUGGACUGAAAGUACGUUACCAUUCUCAAGUAAUCAUCUACCUACCUAUAGAAACACUUACCAUGAAGUCAUUUGUGUUCGCUGCGGUGUUCAGUUCAGCCUUAGUAUUUGUGCUAGGUCAGCUAGAUUCAGAACAGGAAGAAAUUCAUAAAAAGGUGCAACAGAGAGAAGAUGAUGCUGCCAAAUACUGUAAUACGCUUUAUCCAGUCACUGAAGAUAUACGUUUUAAAGUAGCGAGAAUGGCCGUGAAAGGAGAAACCGUUCCAGAUAAUCUCCAUACAAAAGAAUGGUGUAAUCUGAACUGUAAUCUGGAGAAACUUGGAUUCUUUGAUGCUGAAGGUACGCUGCAAGUUCGCAAAAUUUACGAAUUCCUGAUUGAAAAACUUCCUGAAUUUAAACCUAACAGGCAAUUUCUUUUGAUUCACUUAUUCACAACUUACCGAGCGACCAGAGGUAUGAGUGAAAAAUGUGAGAAGGCUUUAGUAGUAUAUUAUCGAUUUGCUGAAGCUGUACUGAUGUCCACUUUGGAUGCUGAUUUUCACGCAGAUGCCGUUGCCAUAGAAACGGUUCUGAACGAAGUUUUGGAUGGCAAACCCGAACCGACAGAAUUAGAGACGUCCCUGAAAAAAUCAUUAAAAAAUACAGAGUUAUUCUUCGAUCUUACAAUUUUAAAAUAAAAAAUUUCAAUGCUCUGCUCAUCAAGGACAUUCUAAACAAAUAUCUCAUCGUGAUCAAAUCAUAUACUUAGUACCUACUUAUCUACUGUUUUUUGCACUGCUUUCGACAUUUCAACUUAAUUUAAGGAAUUGUUUACCUAUAUACCUAUUUCAUAAAAUCUAACUUCCAUACAAAACUAAUUCAAUUAAUUAAAAAUUCAAAUAAACGAUUUUUGAUCUA